UUUUGAUUGAAAAUGAGCAGACAAUCAGUUCAGGUGUGAAUUAAGAGCGGGCUCUGGUGGCAGUAUUAAUAAAGAGAGAAUGACAUGACUUUCUGGGUCAUUGUGAGUCAAGCCCUACCUGUGAAUGAAUUAAACAUUGCAUGUGAAUAUUUAAUGGUGACCAGAUAAUCGUGUCUAAUUGUCGUCAGAAAGACUCCCUGUUUAAACGUCUAACGUCAUUAGCUGGUUAAAGGACGUUUUAAUUAUUAACAGGGUGAGGCCCUAAACUUUCAGCAGAGAUUCAAACCUGAGCUGCUCUUUGAUUAUUGUAUUCCCUUUAAAUAGUAAAGCAGAAGUAAGAAGCGAUUCUUAACUAGAAGGAAAAAGCAAAAGAUCUAGAUUUUUUUUUUCUACCUUGUAUUAAAUAGUUAACCUGAACCUUUUUUAUCUGCCUAUGAAGGUAAUCCAUAGAGAAGUAAUUUAUAGCUUGUUUUUCAAUAGACUUUAUACAGAGUAGCACCAUACAGUAUAAUAGAUAUGAGAUAUAUAGAAUGAAAACGAGGCUGUGAGGGAUUGAACUACAGUCAGAGACUAUUUUCCCCCGAGACGGUACACUUGUAUUAAAACGAACAGAAGAAAUUGGAAUUCCCAAUAUGGCUGAUGUAGAAAGGAAGUCCCGCCUUACAGGUAAAAAAGCCAAUCACAUUUUACAGUAGAUACAGAUAUUGCUUGUCAGUCAACUUGGAAAUGCUCAUGUGCAGAAGCUGGACCAGGCUGAAAAAUAAAAAUAAAAAGAUAGCGUUUUUAGCGUGUUCUGAGCCGAAGAAGCACAAUUUAUGAUACCAUUGUUGUCAGAUUGAACUGCUGAUUUGAAAUGUGUAUUUUGAUCGUAAUAACGACCAAACGUUUGGGAGUUUUCUGUCUUUUCUCAUUCAAUUGUAUAGGAACUGUACUUUUAUGCCACUUGUCUCCAUGAAAAAUAGCUGCCAGAGAGCAUUCAAAGUUGGCCACAGAGUGGACUGGCUUGCCAUGAAACAGCUUUGUCACAGUCUCUUCAAUGUCCCAGAUAGAUCACAUCUACUUUUCACAAAUUUUUGCUUACAUACUAAAAAUUGUUUGGAAACAUUUUUAAAAAAAAAAAAUGUCUUCAAAGUUUCGUCAGCAUACCGAUUUAAACAACAGUUAUACACAUCCCUCACAGCCUCGUUUUCAUUCCAAUUAAAAAAUAAAUAUGCCGCAAUAGUUUGCUUCUGUAAUAGUUAGAGAAAAUAAAUGCAGAUUGGUCUGGAAAAUCAAAACUUGGUGGAAGCCUUUUCAUGGGAUAGCGCAUCUUCAGCUGAAAUCAUAAUCAGUUUAUAAACGAUAAACGUUAACAGUUUUGGCCCCGCCUCCAGUGAUGUGAUUGGCUCUUCCGCACCCACCUGUUGAACGUUUCCGCGAAGAGUUCGCAUGUAUUUGCAUAAAGGGGCGGUUCAGGGGGCAGUCCAACUGUUCAGCGCCACAAGUAGCAGAAGAACUGGAAUAGUAAAAGAGCUGUCUGUCCGGUGGAAGUUCCGGGUUCUGUCUUUAAUUCCUUCUUUGUUGUCCUCGUCUUAUUUUGUCGGCAAAAAAAUAAAAUAAAAUAAAAUAAAAUAAUUUUGGCCAACUUCAGGUAAACAUGGCUCUUCUAAUGGAGCACCAGUUCCGGCAACUUCCAGCCGACAAACAAGUGGAAACCCGGCCGUUUCUUGAGGCAGUGUCUCAUCUUCCUCCUUUCUUCGAUUGCCUUGGUUCUGCAGUUUUCUCCCCUAUCAAGGCUGAUAUUGCGGGUAACAUAACUAAAAUCAAGGCCGUGUAUGACACCAACCCCACCAGGUUUAAAACCCUGCAGCAGAUUUUGGAAGCAGAGAAGGAGAUGCAUGGAGCUCAGUGGCCAAAAGUAGGAGCAACACUUGCCCUCAUGUGGCUAAAAAGGGGUCUUCGCUUUAUCCAGGUUCUUCUCCAGAGCCUCGUAGAUGGGGAAAAGGAUGAAAACAACCCUAACCUCAUCAGAGUCAAUGUCACCAAAGCGUAUGAGAUGGCUUUGAAGAAAUAUCAUGGCUGGCUUGUUCAAAAGCUCUUUAAAGCAGCACUAUAUGCAGCUCCAUACAGGUCAGAUUUCCUCAAAGCUCUGUCUAAAGGGCGAGAGGUUAAGGACGAAGAAUGCUUGGAUAAAGUACGGCAGUUCCUCGUAAACUUCACAGCUACUGUUGAUGCCAUUUAUGAAAUGUACACCAAGACGAAUGCAGAGCUGGACUACACUGUGUGAUCUCUCUUUCACAAACGAGCAAACUUCAAACAUCACCUUCUGCUCUCCCAGCGGAUCACUGUUGCCUCCUAUUAGACAACUCUGUCUCCUCAUUGGACCAUUCUUCUCUCCCACUGGAUCAUGCAUCUCUGCAGUGUUUGGUUUUGCUUUCCCUUGGGGGACAAUUAAGGUCCAGGCUGCUGAAGACUUUUUGUCUGUCAUUGUACCGCUUUUAUCUUAAGCUGAUGAUUAAGCUUUGGCCUUUCUUUAAAAAACAGUGUUCUGAAAAAUCUCAGUUUGCAACUUGUUGAGAACUUGUUUUAUCUGUCACUCAUAAUCAUUUUUGGUUCUGGUUUAUUUUUAUUACACAUGCACUUGGUGGACAUGUGUAUUAGUUGUGUACUGUAUGUGUUCAUUUACUCAGACAACAACAGACUGCAAAUUAAGGUUUUAAUUAAAACAUUUCUAAUCCUUGCAUUCUCUUUAACCAAAUAUCUGACACUGACCGCAUUGCUGUAAUUUUUACUUUGAUCUGUUUUAUGAAAAAGAUAAAUACUUGAAUGUGAACUGUUUAACAUGAAAUGCAAAGAAAUGAUGAAGCCACUCUAUUUAGUGGUAAAAGUGUUAAAUUCUACAAGACAUUCUAUGUUGACAGGAAUGACUGAUAAUCUUCAUAGACUUAUGCCAUAUCCUACAUAUUCAGUUGAAAACUCAGCUUUCCGUUGCCUGAUGUCAUCAUUUUCAAAAGUAUGCGGAACUACAGAACAUUUUAAUUUUCUGGGAAGUUCAAACGUUGCAAAAUCAAUGUGUUUUCAACUGAAUAUGUAUAAGAGUGGAUGUGGCCUUAAGCGGACUUGUGUUUAUUUGUAUAAUGUAAUGGAGCGUUGUUGAUUUUUUAAUUUUUUUAUUUCCUAAAUAAUCAAAGGCUAGAAUUAUAUGAACUGUUUAGAAAUAUAUGUUAAUUUAUUUCAACCCUGUCUUGACCCUGUUGAGAACCAAUGACUCUAACACUGAAAAACAACAAUAAUUCUCUAAUGUCAUACAUUUCAGUUCUGUCACAUCUGACACCAAAGCAGCAGCAGUGAUUUCACUGGAUACAUUCUGGAGAUUUUAUUUUAACCAAUGGAUGUUUCAGUGAAAGUCUGAAAAGAAAAGAUACUGAUUCCGAUUAUCUCAUUGUCAUAGAGGACAGACAAAACAAAAGCAGAGCCCUACAAGACUCAGUGUGGUUGUAUGAUGCAUUCAGGCGCUGUUUCGCUUUUCCACUGCAAUGUAUCCUCUUAUUGUGUCUUACAUUGAUCAUAGCAUGUGUAGCAUAUUUCAAAUCUAAUUAAAAGCAUGUCCUCGCAUAA